AUCUAGCGGAGAAGGGGGGGGAAGACGGGUGGUGUGCACACAUGCGUUUUUCUGCGGUAUCCAGCUUUCUCAUGCCUUGCUAGAAGCCACCGUCCCUCAUGCUCCUUAGACUACUUUGGACAUCAUUCCAUAGGGGCAGCUGUAGGACAGCUGUCUGGGAUAACUGACCGUCUGUUUGCCAAGGCUCGCUUCCCUUUAUCCAAGGAUGGAUGCGUAGUGGGGAAAUUAUGCCGCUUGUCAUAGAGCCCCACUUCGGGAGAAUAAAGCAUGGAUUUCUUUAACGACAGUCUGAUUGAACUCAGCGCCAAUAUCUCUGCCCUCCUCUGCGAACUCAACUUGGAAAAUUUCACCAUUUUCUGCUUGAACCACCCUCCCCAGACUUUUAAAGAAUUGGACCAGACAGUGCGGAUCUUCCUCUAUUCCUUGAUUUUUUUACUCAGCGUCCUAGGGAAUACCCUGGUGAUCACAGUGCUGAUCAGAAACAAAAGGAUAAGGACAGUCACCAACUUAUUCCUGCUGUCACUGGCCAUCAGCGACCUCAUGCUGUGCUUCUUCUGCAUGCCUUUCACCCUGAUCCCCAAUCUCCUACAGGAUUUCAUUUUUGGCAGCCCCCUCUGCAAAAUUACCAGCUAUUUCAUGGGCGUCUCAGUGAGCGUGUCAACGUUUAGCCUGGUGGCUAUCUCUCUUGAGAGAUACAGUGCCAUCUGCAAACCCCUCCAGUCUCGGGUCUGGCAGACCAAAUCUCACGCCUUGAAGGUAAUUGCGGCCACAUGGUGCCUGUCCUUCGUCAUCAUGACACCGUACCCAAUUUACAGCACGCUGGUACCUUCAGCGCUCCCUAACAGCACCUCAUCCAAGUGUCGCAUUAAUUGGCCAAGCACAGUGAUCGAGCAAUCCUGGUAUAUUUUCCAACUCCACAUCCUUUUCCUUAUCCCGGGGAUCGUAAUGAUGAUAGCCUAUGGAUUGAUCUCCUUGGAGCUCUAUCGAGGGAUAAAAUUUGAUGCGAGCAACAGAAAAUCUUCUCGAGAAAGGAAAGCUAGCGACAGCAGCAGAGGCAAAUACGAUGAUGGGGAUGGUUGCUACUUGAAGAAGAACAAGAAGAAGCAUCAGCAUCGGCACCAGCAGCAGACCCCUCUUCGUCAACCUUCGGCCCUCAGCUCCAGCAGCAGCAGCCAGAGGAUUGAGCGCCCAAGGAGCAGUUCUUCCUCCGUGAGCCUGAUGGCCAAGAAGCUAGUCAUCCGGAUGCUGAUUGUGAUCGUCAUCUUGUUCUUCAUCUGUUGGACGCCCAUCUUCAGCGUCAACACCUGGAGGGCCUUUGACCCCACCUCUGCUCAGCUCCUCCUCUCGGGAGCUCCCAUCUCCUUCAUCCAUUUGCUCUCCUACACCUCCGCCUGCGUGAAUCCGAUCGUAUAUUGCUUCAUGAACAAGCGCUUCCGCCUGGGUUUUCUCGCGACCUUCACUUGCUGCGCCAAGACGCGCCUCCCGGCGGUCCGAGCAGAGAUGGGAGAGGACGAGGAAGGGAAGACAACCAGAGCGUCCCUCUCCAGCCAACAACACCACGCAAGAUCUUCUAGGUCAAGAGAACCCACCAUCAACACCCAAGAAUAAUGCCCUCACCUUUGGCAUCGAUGCACCAAGAACCAGUGUUCAUACAUACAGGGAGUCCUCGACCUACGACCAUAACAGAGCCCAACAUUUCUGUUGUUAAGUGAGCCAUUUGUUAAGUGAG